AUGGACGCUCUCAAAUCGCUCGUUCAACCCCUCGUAGGCGGCGCAGGAGGCUCGUCCGUCAUUGACGGCAUGAAGCUUGUCGUCCUGGGGGGAACCGUAGAGACAGCAAGGAGAGUCUCUAGCUCUGCUUGGUGCGUCUCUUCUCUUCUCAGAACCACACCUACUCACCCACCCGUUCUCACCCUGUCCCAUGCUGAGCUCAGAGUUUCCCCCUGCACAGCUUUCUUCCUCACCGCCCACUUCUCAGAGGAAGACUAUCCCUAUGACUGGCUCAUGCUCUGGCUCUCUCGCCGUCCCGAGUGGCAGCGUUCCAGAGAGUUCGAGACGACCACUCGCACCACCACCCCCGGCUUCUCCGGCUCGCGCACCGCUGACAACUCCUUCUGCGACGAAGAAGAAGAAGACGAUGGGGACGACACAGCCCCAGGCAAAGUCAAGACCCGCGUCGUCUUCCAACCCACCUUCGACACCACCCACACUAUCUACUACAAGGGCCACUGGCUCAGAGUCAGGCGUGGGAGAAAGAGCGACGGGAGUGGAUGUGAGGUGUUGUCGAUAAGUGUUGUGGCAAGGAAUAACUCGAUCUUGAAGCAGCUUGUGCUGCAGGCCAAGAAAGAGUACGAGGCCGAGGCGAUACACCGCAUCCAGAUCUAUUUCGCAGACUCUCAUGGUAGCUGGCGCUGGACAGACUCGCGCCACAAGCGUCCCAUGUCGUCUAUCGUCCUCAACCCAGGUGUAAAGGAGAUGCUUCUCAACGACACGCGUGAUUUCUUGAAAUCCGAAAAGUGGUAUGCUGACCGUGGUAUCCCUUUCCGUCGUGGUUAUCUCUUGCAUGGUGUCCCAGGCUCAGGAAAGAGCUCUCUUAUCCACGCCAUUGCUGGCGAGCUCAUGCUCGACAUCUACGUUGUCUCGCUGUCUUCGUCCUGGAUCAGUGACAGUACGCUCCAGACCCUCAUGGGUCGCGUUCCCGCACGAUGCAUCGUUCUCUUGGAGGACCUCGAUGCAGCGUUCACGCGGAGCGUCACCCGUGACAAGAACUCGACGGGCACGCCCGAUUCAUCGAGCGCUACAAGCGAGGAGGGCAACUCGUCUCCCGAGCCUACGUCGAGUGCAAACAGCAGGCAUAAGAGGCACAAUAAGGACCAUAUUUCGGACGUGAACACGCUGAGUCUGAGUGGUUUGUUGAAUGCACUGGAUGGUGUGGCCGCGGCCGAGGGCCGUAUUUUGUUUGCCACGACGAAUCAUCUUGAGCGCUUGGACCCUGCUCUUUCUCGUCCUGGUCGUAUGGACGUAUGGAUAGAGUUCAAGAAUGCAUCCAAGUGGCAAGCAGAGGCACUUUUCCGCAAUUUCUUCCCUUCUACCGAAGACGAUGCCGAAGUAUUGGAAGGUGACCUUGAGGGCAUUGAUUUACCCGGUCCUCAAUCGCCCACUACGAGCUCCAACGACUCCUCCCUAUGGUCCAUGUCACCCUCGUUCUCCUCGUCUACUUCCUCGCUGGUGUCGAGGUCGACUAAGAACACGACCCCCGGUUCAGGUGCCGAGGAGUUUGGCGCGAAGAACCAGGCGUAUUUGCCUCCCCCUGUGGAGGAGCACAUCGCUGCAUGCCAACACUCUGCGAAGCCACUCGAUGCUGCGAAGUUGGCACAACUUGCAAAGAAGUUUGCGGACUCGAUUCCCGAGGAGGAGUUUAGCGUUGCCGCCCUGCAAGGAUAUCUCCUGAAGAACAAGUCACAGCCUGAGACGGCCGCGGAAGAAGCCGCCCCAUGGGUCAUCAGCGAGCGAGAGCUCAAGGAAAGGCUAAAGAAAGAGAAGGAACAACGCGAGAUCAAGGAAAAGUUGGAACGCGAGAAACGGCGCAAGGAACUCCUAGAAAAGGAGAAGGAAAAGGCCGACCUCGAGAAGAAAGAGCUUGAGCUCGCGAAGCUUAAGCUGCAGCUCCAGGAACAGGGGACCAAAGACAAAGCCUUGGCUGAGAAGAAGGAAGCGGAUAAGGCUGCGACUUCUGUGGAGGCAACUGUUAUUGCAGACGCGAACGCGAAUGCCAAGGGUGAAGAUACCGGUGUCAAUGAAACCAAGGAAGAGCUGGCUGCUGACGCGGAUAGCGACGAAGAGAACGUGCCUCCUUCGUCGUCGACUCCUUCUGAAGUGACGUGGGUCCGGGUCGUGGAAACCUCAAGCUGACUAGAUACACCUGAAGUUCAUGUCGAGGACGCCAGAGACGAAGUCGUCCCUAGUGUAGCCGCACUUGCAGCUAUGGACAAUGGCGACGCAUCUAUGACGGAUAGAAGACCCUCGGUACAAAUUCUGAAACGGCAAACUUCGGACACUCUGAUGACAAGGCAUGCAGGCGGGUUUGCGCUUGUGUAUGCUAUGCUCGAUCUCUAUUUGUUUCACCUGUACGCUUUUUUCCUGCAACUCAAUUUCUUGGGGGGUAGGAGGCAAGUUUGAGCUUUGACUUAGAUCUGAUCUUACGAUUGGAGAAGGUGUUGGGCCCGACUAUGUGAUCCCCUUCUUUCCCCUAUUCUUUUUGUUUCGUUUUAUUGUGCUAUAUACACCAGAAAUACUUAUAUAUCUCACUCCCCACGUUAUCAUCCCUCCCCCAUUCCCAUCGGUCCUCAUUCCCGCAUUAUUCAAAGCUUGUUAUAUAUCCAUCUGUCGCUGCCGGUGUUUCCGUUUUCUUUCUCUUUUUUCUUUUUUUGCUCAUCUGUAUAUUUUCUCCCCAAGUCUCUUCCCACUCCCGUCUCUCGCGCGCGAUCUCUCUAGUUGCUUGCCCGGCACCCGUUCCCUCUCUCUCUCAUCAUCUCGCAUCUAGUUUUUGCUACAGGGUCAUAGUACCUUUUUGUCUGGUAGUUUUGGUCAAAAUGUAUAGUUUUUUUGAUGGCCUGCGUUGUGUGAUUUUGUCGAGUUUUUUUUGAGAGUAAGUCAGAGUUUCAGGUGUGACACUCGGUAAUAAAAUAAAGUCUAGUCUGGAUGGUGAAAAAGUUGGGUUUUCUUGGGAUUGUCAAAAUACCUUUGUUCAAACCUACGAUUGCCAAGUCACCUAUAUAGUCGAGCUCAUACAGCCUCAAACGAAAAAGCUUCUCAAACGUGCAUUAGGCAUUGACAGUCAUACGCGACAACACCGAGCCAAGAAAACAUGCACUGCUCCCAUCUUCUGCCAUGACCACCGUGUCCCUCUCGAUCCCAAAGUAGUGGGGUCAAUUUGCUCGGCGGCUGCGGACAAGUGCGCAACGCGAGCACAGGCCGCACGAAUGGGAUUCAUCGACAGGAUUCGGUCC